UGGAAUUCAUUCCUCACAUGUGCAGCGGAGCGGUGUGUUCAGCGCUGUGGGCUCGUGUGUGACGAGCGCUGCGUUUCUCCCCGCGUCUCCUCUGUGUACGGAUUGGCUGUUGGUGCCUCCCCUUUUGACACGCUUCCAUGCAGCACAGCCGGAGCAGCGUGACUCUCAGAGCUGUCCAAGGGCGCGCAGUGCACCUUCAGCACACCAAAUAAAGAUGGAGGCUCUGGGCGUCCAAGUGCAAAGACCCUGCGCUUUUCCCUGCAGCCGCUUUAAUCCAUCUGAGCAGCAGCAUGGCUCCUCUAAGCCCCCGCUGGGCUCGUCGGCCGUGACCUCUCGUAUCCUGCUCCGCCAGCAGCUGAUGCGCGAGCAGCUCCAAGAGCAGGAGCGGCGAGAGCAGCAGAGACGGCAGAGCUCAGCAUACGCACAGCUAUCCGUCACCCAGAGCCCCGCCAUCAACGUCAGCGCACCCGCCGGCCUGCCCAGCGCCACCCAGGUGCCCAUGGAAGUGCUGAAGGUUCAAACGCAUCUUGAAAACCCCACGAAGUAUCACAUCCAGCAGGCUCAGAGGCAGCAGGUGAAGGCGUAUCUGUCCACCACGCUGGGAGGAAAGCUCGGCUCGCAGGCCGUGAGCUUGCCGUGCCCCAGCCAGGCCCCUGACCACGGGGGAAUGCCUCCGGGGCCGGGCAACAGCGCCCCCAACAGUCCCAUGGCCUUACUGACCCUCAACUCCAACUGCGAGAAAGAGAUGGACGAUGUCAUUGACGACAUCAUUAGUUUGGAAUCCAGUUACAAUGAUGAUAUCAUGGGACUGUCGUUGGACCCCGGACUUCAGAUGGCCAACACGAUCCCCGUGUCAGCGAACCUCUUGGACAUGUAUAGUAACCCAGGCAUGCCGCCUCCGGGAAUCUCUAUCAGUAACUCGUGCCCCGCUAACCUGCCCAACAUUAAAAGGGAAUUCUCUGUUAAUCCAUCUCCAGCCAUGAUGCACAUGAUGGACAAGCCCAGCUCCUGUAGCAAGUUUGAGAGCUAUCAAAGGCCUGAAGGGUUUCCUGUGGAGGCAGAAGUUCGCGCUCUCGCAAAGGAAAGGCAAAAAAAGGACAACCAUAACCUAAUUGAGAGGCGACGGAGAUUCAACAUUAACGAUCGAAUCAAAGAACUGGGGACUAUGAUUCCUAAAUCUAAUGACCCGGACAUGCGCUGGAACAAGGGCACUAUUCUGAAGGCCUCUGUGGAUUACAUCAGGAAACUUCAGAGAGAGCAGCAGCGUGCCAAAGAGCUGGAGAACCGUCAGAAGAAGCUGGAACACGCCAACCGCCACCUGAUGCUCAGGAUACAGGAGCUGGAAAUCCAGGCUCGUGCUCACGGACUGGCCGUCGUCUCGUCAACACUCUGCUCAUCAGAGCUAGCAGCCCGGCCCAUCAAACAGGAGCACUGCACCCAGGACAUGUACCAUCACGCACACCUGUCUUGCCCCGACAUGGGCCGCUCCAGCACCCUAGACCUUAACGACGGCACAAUCACCUUUAACGACUCUAGCACUUCCUCCGAUGCUUAUGGUCUUGUCCCAAAGGCGCAUGGCGCUAAACUCGACGACAUCCUGAUGGACGACACAUUGUCAUCUGUAGCAACGAGUGACCCACUCCUCACCUCCGUCUCGUCCGGAGCCUCGAACGAAAGCAGCUGUAAGGACAGCGUGAACAUGGAGGAAAUCGAGCAUGUUUGUUAGUGCCACGAAACCUUCGUUUGGCUGUUCAGGGCCGCUGGUCAUUGUCGUGUUUUUCCGGUAACACCAUUGACUGCUAAGGAAGAAGCACGGCCUGUUUUGUCAAGUGCAAAAUAAUAUUAUUUUUAUGUUUACACUCAUUUUAUUUUAUUGUAUUUUAACCUUAUUCCAGUUUCGUCUACCCAAAUUCCAUUGUGUUAUAAUAAUAUCAAAAUAAUCAAGGUCAGUAUCAUAAAAAGAUUGAUUUGUGUAACUUCACAUAGGUGUAUUAGAGUACAAUUUAAUCAACUUUGGGAUAAUAUAAAAGUGCACUUGAACGGUGAUUUCUUUGGUUGUUCAGUAGCGUGUUUGCGCACAGUUUAGAAGAAUAUUUCUCUUUUUUUAUAUAUCCUUGUAAAGGAAUGACUUGAGCAUAAUGCUUCCCAUUUAACGUGUAGAUAUCAAGUGACAGACAGUUGAUGUUUAAAGGGAUAGUUCACCCAAAAAUGAAAAUCUGCUGUUAUUUUCCUCACCCUCAGGUCAUCCAAGAUGCAGGUGACGUUUUUGUUCAGCAGAACAGAAAUGAAGAUUUUCAGCUGAAACCGUGGUCCUUGGUGAUUCAUAAAAUGCAAGUCAAGGGCUACCGUCGCUUUGGAAGUAGAAAAAGCAUAUCAGGCAACACAAAAUGAAUACCCAUGGCUCCUGAUGAUAUAUUGAGGUCUUAUGAAUCGAAACGAUCAGUCUGUGCAAGAAACUGAACAUUAUUUACAAUAGCAUUACCUGUAAUCCAGAGCCUCAGACAAACGGUCCGGAGUGAUGUUCGGUUCGCGAAAGAAUCAUUCUUUUGAACUGAUUCUUUUUAGUGAACUAGUUGAACCGAUUCACCAAAUCAGACUGAAGCGUCUAAAACAGUUCAUGGCUUAAGCAGCACAGAUUUACAAGUUACUCAAUCAAAACUCACUUUCAAAUGUCCGACAGUCACUCCGACUCGAAAUGAGCCAAAAUAGCGGCACGUAUCUGAUCCUACGAUGAAUGAACUGAUUCAGUGCUCCAGUUCCUCCAGUAGUCACUGAACUGAGGAAACAGCCGCUGAUAUGAGCAUGCGUGAAACAAGCACUUAAAUGAAGGGGCCAAAUGAAAGUUUUUAUGGUUUCUCAUUGUAAAAAUGUGAAGAAGUAAAUGAUUUUAUUUUAUUAUUAUUAUUUUUUCCAUUUUUGGGUGAAACGCUCCCUUAGCAUAGCUACAUUAAUCGUAACUAAUUCAUAAAUGUUGUGAAAAUUUCUGUUGAAUGUUAAGGAAACUUUUGAGCAAAUGCUCUACAAAUUGUAUCUUCCAGAUGAAAACGCACACAACCGAUAGAUGGACAAAGUAUGUUUGCUAUGAGGCUGAUCUGAAACAGCUGACCCUAAAUUAUUUCAUUCUAUUAUUAAUCAUUGGAAUAUUCUCUUAGUAUUAAUGUUUCUGGUCCAGGAGAAUUUCACGUAGUGCAGUGGAUUUGUGGAAUGAUCUUUAGACCCAGAGGCUGAAGAAAUGCACAUGUGGAAGGACAGUUUGCACACAGCAUUUGAAAAAAAUGUAACAGAUUUUCAGAUGUCCUGUGGAAUUUGCCAAGUAAUUAGCAAUAUUCAGUUUUAACUCUGCUGAAAGCCUUCAAAAACACUUCUUGUGAUUAUAUGCAGUGCCUAUAUAGUUAUGCAAAUGUAUUUCACCUCAUGCAUUUCUUAAGAUACCCUGAGGAUGCAUUUUAACCCAAUGCAUCUUACAGUGCAUAGCUUGAAAUAAUCCAUAAGAAUGUGAAAUCAUUUCUUAACAGAUGUCUAAAGGAACAGUCAUAUAAUAAUUCAAACCUUGAAAUUCGAAUUUAUUACCCUUAAAACAUUUUUUAAUCUAACAUUUGAAUUAAUUUCUGUUUUAAUAUGCCAUACAUUUUAAUUACACUGUCCCAGAUUUGCAUUUUAUUUUAUUUUAUUUUUUAAUAUUAAAGAGAAAGAUCUGGGAUUUAUAUAUAUAUAUAUAUAUAUAUAUAUAUAUAUAUAUAUAUAUUGGUGGCAAAAACACUGGAAGAAUGAUAAUAUGUUGAAGAUCAAAAAAAAAGAAAAGAAAAGACAAAGAAAAAAAUAUUUUAUAUUCUAACACUUGUUUGGGUUUUUAAAUUCUUACAUGGUGAAAAAUGACUGACUAUGUUUGUAAUAAUAAGCUGUACUGUUACUGUAUAUUUCUACUGUGCUCAACUCAGAUGUACUGAUGUUUGCCUUUGAGUAGCAUCCAAUUUGUGCCACUAUUUUGAUCAUGUAGGUGCAACUGUUAUGUGUUGUUUCAUAGAACUAUGCAAAGAUAACUUUCAGUUGAGAAAUCAACCUGUGUGUAAUGAAAAGAUGUUGUAAGAGUUUAGCAUAGGUAACAUAGUCAGACCACUGUAAAGUGCCUUACAUUACAAAUCUGUCACUUAAAGCAAUAGUUCACCCAAAACAUUCUGUCAUCAGUCACUCAUCCUCAUGUCGUUCCAAACAUGAAUGACUUUAUUUCUAUGGUGGAACACAGAAAGAGAUAUUUAGCAGAUAAUUCAUGCUGCUCUUUUCCAUACAAUGAAAGUGAAAGGGGACUGGGGCUUAUGGGUGCCUGUUUCUGAGAUCAGAAAUAAACAUAACUGUUAGAUAUAAACUCGUAAUUUUUACAAAAAUGGAUAGAAAUGCAAAAUGUAAACUUUGAACUAAAAAAAUGUUCGCGUAAUUUCAAGUUUACAUCUCGCAAUAAUGGAUUUUUUUCGCAACAAACAAAAAAAUAAAAAGGUAAUUGCGAGUUUAUAUCUCACAAUUCUGAGUUUAUUUCUCAGAAUUGAGUUUGUCUUUCAUUUCUGUUUUUGCUCCCGAAUAAAAAAUAUAAACGGUAAUUUGCAAUUUUUUAUCCCGUAAUUCUGUAAUUGCAACUUUUUAUCUUACAAUUUGGACUUUUGUUUAUAUCAUGCAAUUCUGAAUUUACAUCUCGUAAUUCAGUUUGUUUGUUUGUUUCUGCCGCAAUAUAAAAAAUUAAAACUUAUUUUAACUUUUUAUUAAUUUUUUUUGUAACUCUGGGGGGGGGGUCAGAAUUGCGAGAAAGUCACAAUUACCUAUUUAUUUUUUUAUUCCAUGCUGAAACAGGCUUCCACAGGGACUGCCAAUUUCCAGAAAGGACAAAAAAAAGAAACCCUAAAUUUGUAAAAAUGUACAGUACAUGGGUUUGGAACGAUGUGAGAGUAAGAAGACGAUGUUCCUAAUUUUCAAUUUUGUGUGAACUAUCCCUUUAAAUGAAAUGUUCUAUUCUAUAUUUGUGAUUUUAGACUUAGUCUUAGACUGUGGAACAUAACGGGUUCGGUCCUCGGGUGAAGUAGAGGGGACGAUCUCUCAGUAGGACCACCAAACCUAGUUAAUACUGACCCACAGAGUUUGAUCAAGAUUGUAUUGUAUUCUGGCUUAAAGCUGAAGUGUCUUGAAGCACUACAAAACUUUCAAGAAUAGUGUGCUACAUAAACUCCUUCCCCUAUAGACAGAAACUACUAAAAGUCGUCCUCUGAAUGUAAUGUUACACAGUGUUGACUACUAAAAUGUUGCCAAAUUCCAAGUGGAGUCAAAAUAUGCAGUGAAACUGUUAUGUAUCUCAUUGUGGAUUUAUAGCAAAACUGGCUGUUGCAAUUUUUUCUGAGCAAUAACUUAGACAAUCAGGUAACAGGUAAAGCACAAGGCUCCUGUAUGAACGCAUAUGUAUCAGCGAUGUCAAUGAAAGGUGCCUUCAAAACAGGCUUCUGUGGAACUUCAACCAAACAUCUUUUAAUAACAAACAUAGUCUGUCUUUUGUAGAAGUGUCUUGGCUAAAGAUGGUUUUCGUUUUGUUAAUAUACUUUUGUAUUAUAUUUUUGAAGCUUAACCAAACAUUAUUUAAGAAAGGACUUAAGAUUGCUUGUAAUGUUGAUUUUAAUUAUUUUUUUUUUUUUGAUUGAAUUUCUUUAUAAAGCAUUAAUUUCCUAUGAAUUCAGUACUGGAAGCCGGCCCACUUUAAACCUGUUGGGAAAGUCACCUUUCACUCGAACCGUGAAGCUUCCGCUGGGAGGCUUUAUGAGGAAAGCAGCAUUUCAUUGUUGGGUUUUAAAGCUUGUCAAGUGUAUUGGGAAUGAAAAUGUUACAGACAUUGAAAUAAAACUGAGUGGUUUUCACAAUUUCUGGAGGUUUUCAU